AUGUCCCGCAUACAAUUAAUGGACAAGAGUGCGGUAAUUACUGUUUGCCUACGUUUCCUGGCAACUGGUGCCACCAACAUAGAAACCCCUUCACUUCACUUUCUUCUUUCAUUAAACUGGAACUGGAACGGAGAAGUUGUUACCUACCUGAGAAAAAUGACGUCAAACAGUGAACAGUCCACAGAGCCUCUGCAGAAACUGAGACAGCAAUGUCUGGCCAGAGGAUCUGCUGGAAUCAAAGGAUUGGCAAGGACAUUCCGCAUCAUGGACGAUGAUGGCAGCAAGUCACUGGACCUGCAGGAGUUUCUCAAAGGCCUGGACACCUAUGGGGUUACUCUGAGCAGAGAGGAGGCCCAGCACAUCUUUGGACUGUUAGACAAAGAUAGCAGUGGUACCAUUGAUUUCAAUGAGUUUCUGGAAAGCUUGAGGCCUCCAAUGUCAAGCUCCAGGAAGCAGGUGAUUUCAGAAGCCUUCAGGAAGCUGGAUAAGACAGGAGAUGGAGUGGUGACUGUGGAGGACUUGAGAGGUGUGUAUAAUGCCAAGCAGCACCCCAAAUACAAAAGUGGCCAGUGGACUGAAGAUCAAGUUUUCCUCUCCUUCCUGGAAAGUUUUGAUUCUCCCAACGACAAAGAUGGCAAGGUGACUGAGGAAGAGUUUCUAAAUUACUACAGUGGAGUUAGUGCUUCCAUCGACGAAGACGGCUACUUUGUAACCAUGAUCAGGAAUGCCUGGAAGCUUGUGUAGAAUUCCUUACAAUUCAUAUUUAUUUUGCCCACUGUAAAUCAUUAAGGUAUUGUAUUUAGUAUAAAUUAAACUGGGGGGGGUGGAAUUCAAAUAUACAAAAUUGUGUUCUGAGAUCUGAUUAAAAGAAAAUCUCAUAAUGUUGCAAUGAACAAUUAUACUUUAUAUUAUAAUCUCAUUUCAAUUGAUGUAUUGUUAAUGCAAGGUAAAUUCUUUCUGAUCAAACUAUAUUAUUAAUCGGUUAUGUUACGCACAAAUAACUAGAUCUUUAGUGGAUGUCUUCCUUGGCCUUUUACUGCCCCCUUGUGUCCAUUGUGUACUAACCUCCUGCUGCAUACUGACUUGAGUGACAUGGACAUUUUUAAGACUGAACCAAACAUUCCUCCACCAGAGCUGCUUCGAGGUCUAUGAGCCUUCUAAAUGAAUAAUACAGUUCAGUCCAAAAUGUUUUAUUUUGUAAAGAGGAAAGGAGUCAGAGGAGUCAAGAAACAUGGUGCUCUACUAAAUGAUAAUAUAUUCAAAUAUACAUGACAUUCAAGGGUAGUUCAGUUGUCUAAAUGCACUCCACACAAAAUAAUCUUCAUUACAACUUAUUUUUUGCAAAUGACAAUGAAUAAAAAGUUUAUAUAAUAUUAUCAAAAGAAUAUGUAUUAACACAAUAUAAACCCUUGAAAUGUUGGAAAGAAAUACAGUUACAUGCAGAAUGUUGAUCAAUGCUGUCUAGUUAAUCUCUGGAGAAACAUGACAAAGAAUUACCCCAUGAGGGUCAACAACUAUAACACAAAGUUAUAUAACUGAAGAGAAACCUGGGUGAUUCCUUCUCCUUUGGUUAUAUCCUUAACAUCAUUAACCCACAAGAGGACAGAGCAUGUUGUUUUAGUCCUUUAUUCACUAGGUCAAUCGGAAAUAUAUGAAACUGCUUUUAUUUUAGAGUGAGUGGUAUUGGCUAGCUGUUACAGUGCAUACAUGUGUUUUACCGAAUUAGAUGACUCAUGUAUAAUAUUGUAAACCGAAAUAAGUUACAUGACCAGAAACUAUCCAACAAACUUGGGUUGAGGGGCAGGGUUGAACUGGUUGAAAUGGAGGUACAAACAGCUGACUGGAUGACUAGUCAACACGAUACACUGUGACAAUGAGACGCCCACCUGGAAGUGUGUCUCCCAGAGGUAUGGUAGAAGAGUGAGUAAAAAGGUCCCAAAGUAGAAACUGCAGUCUUGACAUGUGCCAUACCUUAAAUGGAGAGGAAACACCCUCAUGCUCAUCAAUAUGAUGAGCAGCCAAGUCCCAAACCAAAGCUUUGAAGUCUUUAUUUUAGCUAUCGAAAAAAAAAAAAAAAAAAGUAAAACAAACUGGGGAGAAACUAGCUCCAGAUUUGACGUUGACUGCAGACAAAAGACGAACUGCACAAGUCAGGUGAGACGCUCCAGUACAAGGUUUUUUUUUCUUUUUCUUCUUCUUCCUGGAGAUAGACUUCUAAUAUCCAAAAGUACUAGUCUGGGGGGGGAA